CAACACAGCUUUUAUCCUGAGUAUAAAUGUAACUUUUAUCAUUUAAAUUUGGUGAGGUUAUUGUUACAUUUUACAAUAAAACAGUUUUUCAUGAACUUGGUUGUAUAUGCUGUAUUGUAUUCUGAAAAGAAUUGGAAGGAAGUCGUGUGUUGCCUAAUGUUUUACAAUUUAUAUUUGCAAAACAUAAGACAAUAGUAAAUUAUGUUGCUUAGUUUGAAACCGAGCCGACAGCUGCAGUCUCUUAGGCAUUGCUUCCUGCAAUGUCACAACAUAAAAUCGGGAAUCAGCGCCAGAAGUGCGACUCUGGACAGCAUACUCUCUGCAUUCAGGUCUGUAUGUGGUGAGGAUGGUGUCUCAUUGGGUGAUGCUGUCAGACAACAACAUGGCAAAGAUGAGUCUGUACACAGAUGUCGUCCGCCAGAUGUGGUGGUGUUUCCUCGUUGUGUGGAGGAAGUCAGCGCCCUCACCAAGGUCUGCCACAACCACCACCUUCCUAUCAUCCCCUUUGGCACUGGAACUGGCCUGGAGGGAGGGGUCAGUGCAGUGAAGGGUGGUGUGUGCUUCAGUCUGAGGAACAUGGACCAGGUUCUGGAUCUCCACCAGGAGGACUUUGAUGUGACGGUGGAGCCUGGAGUGACCCGGAAGGCCCUCAAUGCCUACCUUCGAGACACUGGCCUCUGGUUUCCUGUUGAUCCUGGAGCUGAUGCGUCUCUGUGUGGUAUGGCUGCCACCAGUGCGUCUGGUACCAAUGCAGUGUGUUAUGGAACCAUGAGAGAAAAUGUCAUAAACCUGGAGGUGGUGCUUGCUGAUGGGACGAUCAUACACACUGCUGGGAAGGGUCGACGUCCCAGGAAGACUUCAGCAGGAUACAACCUGACAAACCUGUUUGUGGGGUCAGAGGGCACCUUGGGGAUCAUCACCAAGACAACACUGCGUCUUUACGGAAUCCCAGAGGCCAUGGUGUCGGCCGUUUGCUCUUUUCCUUCCGUCCAGGCUGCUGUUGACAGCACUGUGCAGAUUCUACAGGCUGGAGUUCCCAUUGCUCGCAUCGAGUUUCUAGAUGAUGUGAUGAUAGAUGCUUGCAACAGGUUCAGCUCUCUAUCCUAUCCUGUGACCCCAACUCUCUUCCUGGAGUUCCACGGCUCUGAGCGGAGCCUGGAGGAACAAGUCAACACAACUGAGGACAUCACACAGAGUAAUGGAGGCUCAGAUUUCCAGUGGGCUCGAGAUGCAGAAACACGAAGCCAGUUGUGGAAAGCUCGUCAUGAUGCCUGGUAUGCUGCUCUGGCUCUGAGACCUGGUUGCAAGGCCUACUCUACAGAUGUGUGUGUCCCAUUGUCUCGACUGCCUCAAAUCAUAGUGGAGACAAAGGAGGACCUGAUUAAGAACAGACUUACAGGUCCCAUAGCAGGUCAUGUGGGUGAUGGUAACUUUCACUGUCUGAUGGUGGUGGACCCCAAUGACCCAGAGGAGCUCCAUAGGGUCCACCUGUUCACUGAGAGACUGGCCAGGCGAGCCCUAGCCAUGGAUGGUACAUGUACGGGGGAGCAUGGAGUGGGUUUAGGCAAGAGAGCGCUGCUGUGUGAGGAGAUGGGACCUAUGGCCAUCCAGGUCAUGCACUGUCUCAAGGAUGCCCUCGAUCCAAACAAUCUGAUGAAUCCUGGGAAAAUUCUGCUCCCAAGAGAACCUUGAAGAUACUGCCAAUCUGAGGGAUGUUGUGGAACGUCGCUGAGUACAGAGAAUGAUUGAAUGAAUGAAUGACAUGGCAUUUUAAAAGCACCUUGCUCAUUAGAAGUAUUUCUUGUUGAAACAGGACUUUGGAUCCAGGCAGGGAUUAAUCCAAUGUAUAAAUCAACAGGAUAUUUUACGGAAGAUGCUAUUAUUUUAAAAGUGGAAUCACUGGGAAUUGUCCAUAUCACCAUUAAUUAACAGUGUACUCUUUUCCAAGGUAAGAAAACAAUAGGCCUUUAAUCUAAAAAUGUAAGAGAAUCAAGAUGAUGAAUGGAUAGCGGUGGAAUUCCUCACUAUGUGGGAUUUAUCAUGCAAAAACUGUAUAUGCUAUUCCUGUUAACUGUUAACUAUGAGUAAAUAAAUUAUCAAUAACUGAA